AACAUUUUCAGAUUUCUCUUCCGCCAUAGCCAUUUUCUCUAGAUCCUCCGGAAAAUUCGAACCAAAAUUUGGCGAAAUCAGCCGGAGAAAACUCACACAUUGAAUUAGCUUAAAAAUGGGGACGGAGAUCCCUAGAUCGGCGGAGAUAUCGGAAGCAUUGUUACCGUCGGAAUCUGAGAAAACCGCGACGGCGGCGGAGGAGCAUGUUCCUGAGUGGAAAGAGCAGAUAACGAUUCGAGGAUUGACUGUGAGUGCGUUGCUCGGGACUUUGUUCUGUAUCAUUACUCAUAAACUCAAUCUGACGGUUGGAAUCAUUCCGUCGUUGAACGUCGCUGCGGGAUUACUCGGAUUCUUCUUCGUUAAGUCGUGGACUGGUUUCUUAUCGAAGCUAGGGUUUACGGUGAAGCCAUUCACUAAGCAAGAGAACACCGUUAUUCAGACUUGUGUUGUUGCUUGCUAUGGCCUUGCCUUUAGCGGAGGAUUUGGUUCAUAUUUGAUUGCUAUGGAUGAGAAGACAUAUAAGCUCAUUGGUGCUGAUUAUCCGGGAAACCAUGCUGAAGAUGUUAUAAAUCCAGGAUUGUGGUGGAUGAUUGGGUUUUUAUUUGUAGUCAGCUUCUUGGGGCUCUUUAGUCUCGUUCCGUUACGCAAGGUGAUGGUUUUGGACUACAAACUUACUUAUCCCAGUGGAACCGCCACAGCAAUGUUGAUUAAUAGCUUCCACACCAACACUGGAGCUGAGCUUGCAGGGAACCAGGUCAAAUGUCUUGGAAAAUACCUGAGCCUUAGCUUAAUUUGGAGUUGUUUCAAGUGGUUCUUCAGUGGUAUUGGAGAUGCAUGUGGAUUUGAUAACUUCCCCACCCUUGGUUUGACGCUAUUCAAGAACACGUUUUACUUUGACUUCAGUCCUACUUAUAUUGGAUGCGGUCUUAUAUGCCCCCAUAUAGUGAACUGCUCAGUUCUUCUCGGUGCGAUCAUCUCUUGGGGGAUUCUGUGGCCAUUUGUAUCACAGCAUGCUGGGGAUUGGUAUCCUGCUGACCUUGGGUCCAACGAUUUCAAAGGUCUCUACGGGUAUAAGGUCUUUAUCGCCAUUGCCAUUAUCCUUGGUGACGGUCUUUACAAUCUUGUCAAGAUCAUCGCUGUCACUGUGAAGGAAAUAUGCAGCAGUAGGUCUAGACGACUCAAUCUACCCAUUGUUACCGACGUUGUAGAUGACAGUGAAGCCUCUGAGAUACUGCUGGUCAAGAAGAAAAGAGAUGUAGUAUUUCUGAAGGACCGUAUACCCCUUGAAUUUGCGGUUGCUGGUUAUGUGGGUCUUGCAGCAAUCUCAACUGCCACAAUCCCAAUAAUAUUUCCACCAUUGAAAUGGUACUUUGUCCUGUGUUCUUAUUUCAUUGCACCUGCUCUUGCCUUCUGCAACUCUUAUGGAACGGGGCUCACAGACUGGAGCUUAGCAUCAACCUAUGGAAAGAUCGGUCUUUUCAUAAUCGCUUCAGUAGUAGGAAGUGAUGGUGGUGUCAUUGCGGGUCUAGCUGCCUGUGGUGUUAUGAUGUCAAUUGUCUCCACCGCAGCUGAUCUCAUGCAAGACUUCAAAACAGGUUACCUCACUUUAUCAUCUGCAAAGUCCAUGUUUGUAAGCCAGCUCGUAGGAACCGCAAUGGGCUGUGUAAUCGCUCCGCUCACAUUCUGGCUGUUCUGGACUGCCUUUGACAUUGGAGAUCCCAAUGGACCGUACAAAGCACCUUAUGCAGUGAUUUUCCGUGAAAUGGCGAUUCUCGGUAUUGAGGGAUUUGCUGAGCUGCCAAAGCACUGUUUGGCUCUUUGUUACGGGUUUUUCAUAGCAGCUUUGAUUGUGAAUCUCUUAAGAGAUAUUACACCACCUAAUAUCUCUCAGUUCAUCCCGAUCCCAAUGGCAAUGGCUGUCCCAUUCUACAUUGGAGCUUACUUCGCCAUUGACAUGUUUGUUGGGACUGUGAUAUUGUUCAUAUGGGAGCGGAUCAACAGGAAAGAUGCAGACGACUUUGCGGGUGCAGUAGCAUCAGGACUGAUCUGUGGUGAUGGGAUCUGGACAAUACCAUCCGCAAUCCUUUCGAUCUUAAGGAUCAACCCUCCCAUUUGUAUGUACUUUGGACCGUCCUCAGCAAGAUAAAGAUGCCACUGUGGUCAUAAUCGCCACCGCAACUGCGAGUCAUCCGAGAGUCCCGUGGCCGUCAGAAUCGAAACAAUUGUCUUCAAUCUUUAUAUGUUGUGUAGAUAUGUUUAGUAUCUCAACUCGCAAGAACAAAAUGUUGUUGCAAAUCUCUUUAAAUGUUUUAGUCAAUGUUGUUGUAUGUCCCUGGGAUGUUGUCUCUUUGAAUGCUUUUAUUCACAAGCUUAAAGAGAGUUUUAGGACCAUUUGCCUUUGUUCAAUCAUCAUAAUUAGUACUAAGAGAUAUAGUAAUGAACAGAUACGAUUCCA